UCCUUUCCUCUUGAAAGAUUCAACUCUCUCUGUCUCUCUUUCUCACACUAGACCUUACCAAAUUUCUAUCAAUGGCGGAAGCAGGACUGACGAUCUUCGACGGAUCUCACCUCUCAGAUGUCGAUGUUUCACUGCCUUCUCCACCUAUAGACACUCCGAUCACAGGCGCAGAGGUCCUACAGCUGGCUGAAACUAGGGCCUCCCUCUCCCUUCUCGGUUUCGUAUUGCCCGAAACUCUCAAGUCUUCUGCUAUUCGCCGGAUCGGCGUCUCUGAUACCGCCGGAUUCCUCUCUAAGAAGCUCGAUCACACCGAUGCCUGCACAAUUCUUCGAAAUUAUAUUUCCGCCAUUGCCGAUGAACUCAAAGAUGAUCCUAUUGCUGUGACAAUAUUGGACGGCGGAUCUCUCAAUAUGUUCUUGGAAGAUGAAGAUGAUUUCGCAAUGCUAGCAGAGAAUCUUUUCACUGAUUUAGACGUAGAAGAUACAGGAAAAAUCAGUAAGGAUGAGAUACAGAGUGCUCUGGCACAUAUGGGCAUCGAAUCCGGUGUUCCUUCAGUAUCAGAAUAUCCGCAGUUGAAUGAUAUAUUAAAGAAACACGGAGCAGCUGGAAAAGAAGAACUGGGACAAGCACAAUUUGCUCAACUCCUGCAACAUGUGCUGCAGGAACUCGCUGAUAGUCUGGCAAAGAAACCUGUUGUCGUCGUUUUAAGGAGCAUAAAAUUGGCGAAUGGUUCUAAGCUUAGAAAGCUUCUGGCCAAGGAGAGGCUUCUUGAUGAUGCUGUGAAGAAGAUUACUGAGGAAAAUUUCGAAUGCAGUGGUGACCAGUCACGAGCCACACAUAUCAAGUCUUACCUCAAGAACCAUGAGGAUGAUUUCGGUUUACCACCUUCACAACUGCCUGAAAUGACGGCUCUCUUUGAUGAAAUAUUUACUGAGGUAGAGAGUGAGAAUGAUGCAGCUGAAUCAGGCAGAGACAGUUCAGCGGUAUUUCUGAAGAAAAUCCUUGAGAAAAUUGCAGAGAAGCUCGAAGCCAACCCGAUAUUGUAUGAUAUUCAGCUCCCGCAGCUGGGAGAAGCCUGAAUUAUAUACUCUUGCGCUGAAUGCACUUGGUGGGUUUAUCCUAUUUCUUCCUCCCAUUAUGUAUUCAACUUGACAUUGUAUUCUUAAUCCAUGUGAUUUAUAGAAAUAUCCUACCAGUGAUUAUAUUUUGA